AUGGAAUCUCUUGGAGAAAGGCUAGAGCUGUUGGCUCAUCGCAUUUACCUCCACGGUUGGAUAUUUUGGUACGCGUACAAAAUACUCACGGGCUGUUUGAUAUACAUUUGUGUCAUGGAAUGCUUCCUUUUCAACUGGCAAGUACCACAAUCACUAACAGAAUUCUUGAUGCUUUGCAGAGCCGAAGUAAGCCAGGAAGAGAUGUCAUGGAUCCUUUCGCACGUCGCCUUUCAAGCCAUCCAGAUCACUAUCUUGUGUCUCAUGUGGCGAGGUUACAAGAUGAAGGAAUCAAAAACUCAUGUCAAGCCCCAAACAGAUUUUAUCGAACUUGUCGACGGGCUUCCCCCGUUUGGCUUGCUGCAAGGCAUGCGGGUUUUAUAUUCCAACAUUUCUCUCGCUGCCAUAUGUUUCGGAAUACUGAUCUACGAGCUACGAGCCCGAUCACUGCGUCUAUUGACAUUCCUGCUUCCGCUGCUCUACGUUGACGCUUAUGAAUGUGCUCUAUCACAGCACAUGGUAGGCCAAGGCUUGGAAUGGGCCCCAAAUCUCCUUGACGAUUAUAAGCAAAAGCCCAUACUGGCCGUUCUUUCUGCAUUUCUCACGUUCGGCAUGAUAUUCGGAAUCCCCUUUUUGGCACACCCUUUUAUGCGUGUUAUCUUUUUCCUCACUCCAUUUUUCAGCGCUACCUUGCUGUUCUACUUUCUGCUCUAUCGUCAUAUCCCCAAAUAUCUGGCUGAACCACUUCCUCUUCCUCAAUCCGUCGACCAAGAGAACCGGUUUUGUCAAGUUUGCCAAACUACAAUACUCGCCAAACUAAGAGAGAACUCUGGGAGUGUCGAUAACGCCCCACAAUCAGGCCAUCACCGUACAAAGAGUUCACUGAGAAGCUCUGCUGUAGCAGGAUGUCGCAUCUGUACCACAAUUUGGGAUCGUCUCACAGAGGAAGUCACUAGUGUCAACCGAUAUCCGCCUUCGCUUUACUUUACGACUUAUAAAUUCUCAUUCAAGGCGAUUGGUAUCCACGGCAAGUGGAAUUAUUAUCUUUGUGCAUUCAGAGUUGAAAAAAUCAGUGGCAAGGUCUUUCGAAAAGCUGAUCAACGAUUUCCCCCGGUUUCACUCUAUUUUGAACUUUGCACACUUCCAGAAAGCGAUCUGGGGCAGCACACUGGAUCGGAUGAAAGUCUUGAUCAGGCUAAGAAAUGGUACUCGGGCUGUAUAAGGGAGCAUCCUGACUGCAGCACCAAUAUUGGUGCCGAUGGGUUCCAACCAUCCCGGUUACUAUACCUCGGCAACCCCAAAGACAUCAGUAUCCAUAUUAGGGGUGAAUAUCCCCGCGACAUGAAAUAUAUGACGUUGAGUCAUUGCUGGGGCAAUUCACACUUUAUCAAGCUACAGAGCAAUAACCUUGACGAACUUCGUCAAACAAUCUCGUGGGAAUCCCUUCCCCAAACGUUCAGAGACGCUAUCCGCGUUGCAAGGCAUCUCGAGUCCCAAUAUCUAUGGAUCGACAGCCUUUGCAUCAUGCAAGACUCGCUAGAUGACUGGAGCCAUGAAGCGUCGGAGAUGGGCGAAGUUUAUCGAAACUCAAUGUGCAACAUUGCUGCUUCAAGUGCAUCCGACAGCAGCCAGGGUUGUCUCUAUCCGCGAAACCCUCGAAUUAUACAACCUGAGCCUCUUGGCAAUUAUGGAAACGAGUUAAAGGACUUGUAUCUCUUCAAUAGAAGCUUUCCACAGAAGCCCUUUCCGUUGUACAAACGAGCAUGGGUUCUUCAAGAAGCUUUGCUUGCACCGAGGACUCUUGAUUGCGGGAAGAGUCAGCUAUACUGGAGAUGCGACGUUGCCAAAGCAUCAGAGGAGUUUCCGGGAGGAUAUCCUCUCGGCAUGGGUGUGUACCUCAGCCACCCAGCGCAUUUAUCAAGCUGCCCCGACAAAAGUCUAAGAGCCAUGGUGGCAGAGACAAAGCGCGGGAAGGAUGGAUAUGGACAUGCUGAAGAGCCACGCCCUUGUACUCUUGUCAAGUCUCUGGCCCUGACAGACGCGGGACUAGUAACCGCGGUGAAGCAUUGGAGUAAUAUUGUUGAAGCCUACAGCGACAUGAAUUUGACGUUUGAGGCUGACAUGCCCAUGGCUAUCCAUGGUGCUAUCGAGGCUUUUCGGCCGUUUCUAGGUCAAUGCUAUGCUGGCAUGUGGGAAUACACCUUGCCUGCUCAUCUUGUCUGGAUGCCUACUUGGCCAGCCAUAGUAACCACGGUUCUACACUGCAAAAGACCGCUCGUCAAAAGAGCCCCGAGCUGGUCAUGGAUGUCGCUUGUAGGCAAGAUAGAGUAUAAACAAACGUGCUGGCUUCACGCUGAGUAUUCCUUACUUGCACAUGUUACGCAAGUCGUCACCUCUCCAGGUGAAAUCCGGCUCCAUCUCCAAGCACCAAUAUUCAAGGCGACAUACGUUGGUGACGCAAAAAGCAGCAUCAAACGAGCCCUCGGGGCAUGUUUGCCAUUACCUUUAAAAAGAUCAAACAUUACGGUUAUAAACAAGAAUAUGGAUGUCAAGUGGGAAAUCAUGGGCUAUUAUGUAGACGAGGACAAGAACAGUGAAGAGAAGUCGACUCUCCGUGCCUGCUUCGACGUUCAGGAAGAGGAGGAUACAGCUCGAGACAUUUACCUUGUGGCGAUUACUGAAAAGAGUGGAACUGAGGGUUUGGUUUUGACCAAGAGAGAUGAUGGCAUGUAUUCGCGUCUUGGAGCAUUCUAUGCUAUGGGAGCUGUGAGGAAGAUAUUCCAGGACGGGGGAAAGAGUGAAGUUAUCUUGGUAACCCCUCUGAGGGAUACGCAUGACAAGAAUGACUCGGUAAUUUGCGGGAUUAUCUCCUUUUUUCCGAAAAUGAUGCCGACACAUUAUCUGUUGUUGUUUCUCGGCAAAGGGGAUACCUUGUACUAUCAGUUCAUCUUUAGAUCUCAAAUCUCAUACGAUAUCAACCUGACAAUCAGCCAUCGGGUCAUUUAG